CAUUAAUCACGACAGAGGGAAUUUGAGACUAAGCAGUAAGAAGAAGCAGAAGCAGAAGCGUCUGCCGCAAGACAAUGGGUGUCCACGGUCUCUGGGAACUACUCGCCCCCGUCGGCCGCCGCGUCUCCGUCGAGACCCUCGCCGGAAAAACCCUUGCAGUCGAUGCGAGCAUAUGGAUGGUGCAAUUUAUGAAGGCGAUGCGCGAUGAGAAGGGCGAAAUGGUUCGAAACGCUCACUUGCUGGGCUUCUUUCGUCGAAUUUGCAAGCUCUUGUUCCUCAGGACAAAGCCAGUCUUCGUCUUCGACGGCGGAACCCCCGCCCUAAAGCGCCGCACCGUCAUCGCGCGCCGCAGGCAGCGUGAGAACGCCCAGGCCAAAGUCCGCAAGACUGCAGAGAAAUUACUUCUCAAUCACUUAAAGGCAUUGAGGUUGAAAGAAGUUGCUGAUGACAUUAAGAACCAGAGGCUGCAGCAGAAGAGUGAAGCCAAGGGAUGCAAAAAACCUGAUCGGAUGGACUUUGUCGAUAGUGAUCCAGGAAAAAGUAACAUGAAAGAGAUAAAUGAAAUGUCUUCAGCUAAACUUGCAGCUACAGAGGCAGGAAAUUUCUUGCAAGAAGUUGUGUCAAGAAGUCGCAACCAGGAGGAACUUGAUGAAAUGUUGGCAGCAUCUAUAUCUGCAGAGGAGAAUGGAAUACUAGCCGGGAAAGAAGUGCCAUCUACUGUACCUAAUACUUCAGAGGAGAAAUUUGACACAGAUGGAGAAAUGAUACUGCCUUGUGACAAUGAAGUAGAUUUAGCUGUUUUAGCUGCUUUACCACAGUCAAUGCAACUUGAUAUUCUUGCACAGAAUGUGUGUGCUUGUGCACUCUAUCUUGAAAAUAUCAUCUUCCUUUUACUUGCUUGUGUCAUUUUUUCUUUUUAUGUAAAUGAUAGGGGCAAGGGUAAGGGGAUUCUGUUUAGAGAAAGUGACUUGGGUGGUUGUAGCUCAAAAUGUGACAAUGUGAUAUCAACAAAUGACAAUCAAGACAAAAUUGAUGAAAUGUUAGCAGCCUCUAUUGCUGCGGAGGGCAUUGCAAAGUCUAUGAGUAAUGCAUCAACUUUUUUUGAGGCUUCAGCCAUUGAGGAAGAGGAUGGUGACUAUGAUGAAGAUGAAGAGAUGAUACUGCCUGCAAUGCAUGGUGAAGUUGAUCCAGCUGUUCUGGCCUCUUUACCUCCAUCAAUGCAACUGGAUCUCCUAGUUCAGAUAAGAGAGCGAUUAAUUGCAGAGAAUCGACAAAAGUAUCAAAAAGUAAAGAAGGAUCCUGCAAAAUUUUCUGAGCUACAAAUAGAAGCUUACCUUAAAACAGUUGCUUUUCGACGAGAGAUAGAUGAAGUGCAAAAAGCUGCUGCUGGAAGAGGAGUAGGGGGUAUCCAAACUUCACGGAUUGCAUCUGAAGCCAACAGGGAGUACAUAUUCUCAUCAUCUUUUACUGGUGACAAACAAGAACUUGCAUCAAGCAGAGCAGAGAAAAAUGAUGAUGCUCAUCGUAAGGCUCAAGGAACACAUCCUGUGGAGAAUCUUGCUAAUAUUAUUGCAUCAGCUGGUUCUAAUACUACAAGUGGAUUGGUUUGCAAUGAACCUAGUGAAUCUGUUGAUGAAAGAAUUCAGACCUUCCUAGAUGAGAGGGGUCAAUUUCGAGUUAGCAGAUCAAGAGCUAUGGGGAUGCGUAUGACCCGAGAUUUGCAAAGAAAUUUGGACUUGAUGAAGGAGAUUGAGCUGGAAAGAACACAUAUCAACAAGGCUUCAAAUAUUGAUGCAAUUUUGAGUGCAGAGAAUAAUGGUCCAUCAAAAAGUUCUGGGACCAAUUCUGUUGGUAAAUUAAAAACUAUGAAUGUUGAUCUAGUUGGCGAGUGUGUGCAAAAUGAGCAAUCUGUCUUUGACAAAGAUACUUCUAUAGAGGUAUCCUUUGAAUACGAUAGCAAGAAUGCACUCAUUGAUGCUGAAGAUGAAAUAUUUGCUAAUUUAGUAGGAGGAAAUUCGGGGACAGUAUUUCAUGCUGAUGGUACUCCAGCAAAAGAACAUCCUUCUAAUUCAGAUUCAGAUUGUGACUGGGAGGAAGGAAUUGUUGAAGGGAAGAAUACCUUCAUUCCUGGAAAUAAUAAAGUGGAAUGGAAUUCUUCUGUUGCUGAAGGGGAUAAUAAUGAUGAGAGUGAAGUAGAAUGGGAGGAAGGAGAUUGUGAUGGUGAUAAAAGUACCAUAUGUUGCCCAUCUGAGACUGGGAAAAAGCCAACUCGAGGUCAAUUGGAGGAGGAGUCUAAUUUGCAGGAAGCAAUUAGGAGAAGUCUUGAGACUAUAGGAGAUGGAGAGCUUAAGCACCUAUCAUCUGUAGAUGAGCAUUCAAAUGCUGAUGAGAAAAAAUUGGAUUCCCAUGGUGAUUAUUUGGAUGUUUCUGGUGCAAUGAAUUUAAAUGAUGAAGAUGCAUUUCUGAAGAUCAAAAAUAGUAUGGCUGUUUCAUCUUCUCCAAGGGAAGAUGGUUCUAAACAAAAUAUAUUUCAUGGAAAUGUGGAUGCCGAUGGUUAUGUCAACUCCCAAACUUCUGAUUUUCCUAGGGGUCAGUCAAAGUCAUAUGUAGCAUCUAUUUCUAGUAACCUGGAUAUAUUGAUUGAAAAGCCUAAUGUACUGAAUAGAUGCUCUCAUUCUGAAUAUUCGACUUCAGAUGCAAAUAUGAUGAAGGACAAUGACCAUAUGGCUGCAGAACAAUUGUUGGAUAAACAUUGUGAUGAUACUAAGGUGUCUUCCGAUGGCAAAAAUGUUUCCAAGGAUAAUCCACUUGGUUCCACUGAAUCAUCCUUGAAGGGAUCAACAGAAAAUGUUGAUAUUGGGCCAAAGUUAGCUGCAGUGGACAAUGAUGGAAGCUUCAGAGGAGAAAGAAAUAUUGAUCUUGUGAAAAAUGCAGUUAACACCUCAGGAGAUUUUCCAGCACAUGUAGACGAGGUUAGAUUGGAGGAGGAAAUACGAAUACUUGGUCAAGAAUAUAUAAACCUUGAAAAUGAGCAGAAGAAACUUGAAAGAAAUGCAGAAUCUGUCAAUAGUGAAUUGUUCACAGAAUGUCAGGAAUUACUGCAAAUGUUUGGUUUGCCAUAUAUUAUUGCCCCAAUGGAAGCUGAGGCACAGUGUGCUUUCUUGGAAACUGCAAAACUGGUUGAUGGUGUUAUAACUGAUGAUUCUGACGUCCUUCUAUUUGGAGCUCGUAAUGUUUACAAGAAUAUAUUUGAUGAUCGCAAAUAUGUAGAGACAUACUUCAUGGAGGACAUUGAGAAGGAACUUGGAUUGAGCAGGGAAAAAUUAGUACGCAUGGCACUACUACUUGGGAGUGAUUAUACCGAAGGUGUAAGUGGCAUUGGGAUUGUCAAUGCUAUUGAGGUUGUGAAUGCGUUCCCUGAGAAAGAUGGCCUCUUGAAAUUCCGCCAGUGGGUUGAAUCACCAGAUCCCACCAUUCUUGGAUGGUUGAAUACAAAAGGUGGAUCAACUACAAGAAAGAAAGGAUCAAAAGAGACUUCGUCGGAUCAAAUUAAUAGUCAUAUUAAGGAACAAGAGGAUUCGCUGGAUUGUGACCAAGAAAUCAAGCAAACCUUUUUUGAGAAACAUAGAAAUGUUAGCAAGAAUUGGCAUAUUCCAUCUUCUUUUCCAAGUGAAACAGUUAUAUCUGCUUAUUAUUCUCCACAAGUUGACAAGUCAACCGAGCCUUUCACCUGGGGAAAGCCAGAUCAUCUUGUUCUUCGAAAAUUGUGCUGGGAGAAAUUUGGGUGGACUAGCCAGAAAGCAGAUGAAUUACUAUUACCUGUUUUAAAGGAAUAUAACAAACAUGAGACUCAACUGCGUUUGGAAGCGUUUUAUAGUUUCAAUGAACGAUUUGCAAAAAUUCGUAGCAAGAGAAUUAAGAAAGCUGUAAAAGGGAUUACUGGUAAGCAGCCUUCAGAAUUGAAGGAUGAUUUCAACAGUGGCAAGAGUAGGAGAGGAAAUCAUCUAGAAUCUGAGGACAAAAAUUUUGAGAAUCUAAAGGCGACAAAGGAAAGUCUUGAAAGUUUGAAGAAACCUAAAGUGAAAGAAUCAAGGAAAAGGAAGAAUGAUGGGGACAUUCUUGGGAAGGCAAUGUCAAAGAGAAGGACAAUCAUUGAUGGUCCUUCUUCAGCUUCUGGUAUGUCUGCAGUGGAGAAUUUACAGCCGGGUACCGAGUCUGAAAAAGACCAAAGUGAUAGUAAUCCAUUGAUUUCAAAUAGAAGUGGGAGGGGCAGAGGAAGAGGCAGAAGUUUGGCAGUAAAACAUGGAAGGAAAAAGGAAAGUCUCAUUUAUCAAUCAUCUGGAACGUCAUCUUCCAGUAGUGACACUGAUGAUCAUGUUGAUAUGUCAAAAGUUCCUCAAGAGGUUCGAAGGUCCUCACGUUCCAGAAAACCUGUCAAUUAUUCACUUGAGAACCCAGAAGAUGAAGAACUCAAUGAGUCAUUUGAUACGAGGAAUCAAUCAUCCUUGUGUGAAGAUCCAUUAGAAGAAAAUUUAUCUGAUAUUCCUGGUGCAUGUGGGGAUUCUGCAACUGGUUUAAGCAGAGGUAAAGAGAGUGAUAUGAUAAGUAGUGCUCCAACCAGGAACUUCCCUAGAGACGAUCUUGGGUCGGAAGGUCAAUUUUUCACGGAUGCUGAUGAAACUACUCAUCCAGAUCCAGGAAUUGGUGAUGGUGAUAUUACUGUUAAUGCUGACUCUUGUGAUGACUACCUUAAACUAGGAGGUGGUUUUUGUUUAGAUGAUAGUGAUGAACCUAGCAAUCAGAAUGCAGUUGAUGGUGUCGAUACUGCUGAUACUGAAGGAUUUCUGCACUGUUCUGUUAUGAUGGAUGAGACUGACCAUCAUAAAAAUGGUUCUGAGAUAUUACUUUCAGGCACCGAUAAUGCUCGCAGCGAGAUGCAAGAGGGACGCAAUGCCUACAAUGUUGACAACGAGCCAAAUGAUAACCUUCCAAAUGUUAGUGCCAAUGAUCAAAAUCAAAUGGGGGUCUCUGUACCUGAGAAUGUUAAUCAUAAUAAUGGAAACUACAAUGGGGCAUUUAGUGCAAUGCCAUUUUUGAGGAAAAGAAGGAAGAAGUAGAAUCUUUCUAGCUUUGGAUGUCGUAGGUUUUUGUAAAUAUUUCUAGAUGACCGACUAUAUUACAUUUUACCCUCCAAGUUGUUCCUUUUAAAUUAUUUAUGUUCUAUUUUACUUGCUGGGGAAGAGUUCUUGAAAACGCUGGCUUCAUAUCUCAUGCCUCUUAUGUUAUGCCGAAAGUUAUUGCUAUUUAAUUUAUGUCAUCAUCGCCAGGGAAUGGGCAGUGCUUUAUGAACCCCAUUGUUUCAACCACUAUAAGUCACUACAAAUGUGAUUAUAAAUGUGAA